AAGCAGGGUAAAGUUGGCUAAAGAAAACACAAGCAAGGAUGGCAGAGGUGAAGCUACACGGAUUUUGGUAUAGUUUCCUCACUUGGAGGGUGAUGUGGACCCUAAAGCUGAAGGGUAUACCAUAUGAGAACAUAGAGGAAGAUCGCUUCAACAAGAGUCCUCAACUCCUUCAAUACAACCCAGUUCACAAGAAGACUCCAGUGCUAGUUCAUGCUGGAAAACCCAUAUGUGAAUCAAUGAUUAUUGUUGAAUACAUUGAUGAAACAUGGUCACAGAACCCAUUGCUUCCUGUUGAUCCCUAUGAGAGAGCUCUUGCACGGUUUUGGGUCAGAUAUACCGAUGACUUGAUUUCUUCAGUUGGGGCACUCUUCCAUAGCAAUAAGACUGGCGAAGAGCGGGAGAAGGCCAUAGAAAAAGUGAGGGAGCAUCUAAGAGUUGUUGAGGAUCAGUGCUUAGGUGAUGAGAAGAAAUUCUUUGGGGGAGACACUAUUAACAUUGUUGACAUAGCUUUUGGAUCCGUUGCAAAAUUUAUUGAGAUUGAGGAAGAUGUCUAUGAAGUGAAGGUCGUAGAAGCUGAGAAACUCCCUCGCUGGCAUUCAUGGUUUAAUAAUUUCAAGGAUGUCCCAGUUAUCGCAGAAAACCUCCCCGACCAUGAGAAAACGGUAGGCUGUUUCAAGUCUAUCCUAGAAAAACUUUUGGCAGCUUAAAGGAAACGGCAGCUUUGAUGAAGAUAUGAAUAAUAAGGGAAAUAAUUAUCUCAUUUGACAUGAGAUAAUUAUCUCAUCUAGAGACAAAGCAGUGAAAUUCAUUAUUUUAUUUUAUUUUAAUUGUAGACUUCAUUACCUUGUUUUUGUUGAAUGAGAUAAAUAAAUUCCAAAUAAUAAAGCAUUUCUCGCUAUAUGUGUCUUUCUA